AUCAACUGAUACGGACAUUAAUUACUCGGAUCAAACCAGCUGAAUUCAUGAUCCACCUUAUCUAGAAACUUCCUGCUCGCCGUCUCCCGGUCUCCGUCUCCGUCUCCGUCUCCGAUCCGAUACCUACCGGCGAUGCGAUUUUCCACCUGAACUUUGCGGGCGCUUCUACAACAUCGAUCUCCACUCCACACCUCUUUUACGUAUCUAAUCGCCGCCGCCCGUUUACCGCAACUGUUGCUUGCUGAGGCGGUUGUCAGCGGAGAGCGCUGUCCUUUGUAGCAGACGGACGGCGAGUUACGAAUUAGAAAGUUUCUUCUCCGGUUUAGGACGUCCAUGGAUGUAGAUGAGGGAGAGGUUGUUACGACUCAUGAGCAGCAUAUAGAUGUCAGGGUAACAAAUAAUUUGGACUUGAAUGUGGAGCAUGAAUCCCGCAGCCCAAGAUCAUCGAAUGCUAAAGGGUUUCAUCCUGGUUGUUCUUCAAGACGAGAAGUACUAAAACUCGGUUCAGAAUUUGAAUCAGAUGAGCAAGCAUACAGAUUCUACACUAAAUAUGCUGAGUUGGCAGGUUUUAGCGUUAGAAAGGAUUGGGUCAACAGGAGUAAGGUUCAUGGUCGGGUAAUGUCCAGAAAGUUUACGUGUUCUAGACAAGGUCACCGGAAGAAAGAUAAAAGAGAUGUUAAUGUGAAGAAGCAUCGCAAGGAAACAAGAACAGGUUGUUUGGCUCACAUGGUCGUUACUCGGCAACCUAAUGGAAAAUAUAUCGUCACCCAAUUCGAAGCUGAGCACAAUCACGAGGACGUGAAUCUUAAUAAUACUCAAAAGUUACUGGAAUCACCAUUAUCUGGAAAUGGAGAAUCGCCUGAAAUAUCUGAAACUGAUUCAAUGAAGAACUCAGAAAUUCAGUCAAAACUGUCUCUUCAGUUGUUAGGUGUACGAUUUUGUUCGCCAGAAUGUUUUGACGACCUUGAAAUAAAUUAUGAGGUGUUCCUGAGCUCUGGACGAACAAGAGAUAUGAAGGAAGGAGAUGCAGCACGGCUCAUGCGUUACUUCUGGAGGCAACAUUUUGAAAACCCUUCAUUCUUUUACUCUGUGCAACUCGAUGUUGAUGACAAGAUAAGCAACAUAUUUUGGGCAGAUGAUAACAUGAUUGUCGAUUAUGGCCACUUUGGUGAUGUUGUUUGUCUAGAUACAUCAUGCACAAGAAAUACAAACACUCGUCCAUAUGUUCAGUUAAUUGGACUGAACAAUCAUAGGCAAGUUGUAGUCUUUGGUGCUGCCUUCUUAUAUGAUGACACUGUUGAUUCUUUAAAAUGGCUAGUUCGAACUUUUCUUGAAGCGAUGUCUGGAAAGAAACCUAAAUUCAUUUUGUCAGAUCAGAAUGCAACUGUUGUUCAAGCGAUUCAUGCUGUAUUACCAGAAGCGAGCCAUUGUAUCUGUGCUUGGCAAAUGUACUUAAUUGCUCUCAAACACCUUCACCAUGUUGUAAAGGAUUAUGCUUCCUUUGCUGGUGAACUUAGAAGUUGCAUCUUUGGUCACGAGCAGGAAGAAGAUUUUAUCCAAGCAUGGGAUGCUAUGUUGGAGAGACAUAGUUUGCGUCAGAACUCUUGGUUGAGGUGGAUGUUUCGAGAGAAAGAAAAGUGGGCAGUAGCAUAUGGUAGAAAUACUUUCUUCAUUGAAAAAAACGGUUCACAUCUUGUUGAGCUGAUCUCUGAUAGACUCAGAAGCUAUUUGGACCCUGAAAUCGACAUACUUCACUUUUUUAAACACUUCAAGAAUGUGGUGAAUGAACAAAGGUACAGAGAAUUAGAAUCUUCUCUUGACAUGGGAAGACAUGCUCCACAUUUGAUGGCUAGUGCUGUUUUCUUAAAGAAUCCCAGUGAGGCAUACACACUAAAGGCAUUUGAAGUAUUUCAGAGAGAAUAUGAGAAAAGCUUGAAUGUUGUCAUUAGCAAGUGCAGUGAGAGGGAAUCGAGAUGUGAUUACAAAGCCAAAACAUAUGGAAAAUCUAAAGACUUUUUGGUGGCGUAUAACACUAUCAAUGGCACGGUGUCCUGCAACUGUAUGAAGUUUGAGCAUGUGGGUUUUUUAUGCAGCCAUGCCCUUAAAGUUCUGGAUCAUCAAAAUGUUAAGGUUGUUCCACCCCAGUACAUCUUGAAGAGAUGGUCUAAAGAUGGAAAGAUUUCAGCUGUUGGAGAAAGUCAGGACAGCUCAGAGGGUGACAGCAGGAAGAUCGUUGCUAAUCGUUAUAAAGAUCUUUGUCGCAAUAUAAUUAAAAUAUCUGCUAGAGCCGCUCAAUCUGAUUUAGCAUUUGAAUUUGCUGCUAGGCACCUUGAUGAAGUAAUGCAGGGGGUUGAAAGAAUCUUAAGUUUUAAAUCUUUAGAGGAACGAAAAGGCACUAGCGCUUCCGAUAAUGAUCUUGCUGAUGCUGAUCUGGAUGGAAAUGGUUUUGAUGGUCAGGGCAUUGGCGUCUUAAAUGGAACUGCUGAAACAGAGACUAGCGCACCUGGUAAAGAUCAAUUACAUAAUUGCGAUGAACACAUUCCUGAUGCUAUUGGUGACCUGAAUGUUCGCCGACCACCUCCUGAGACGGGCUUAUCAGUUGCUUGUGCCUCUUCAACAUAUAUAACUUCUCCCAGUUCACCUCCAUCGUUGAGUCCACUUACCCAGGGGUUAUAUAAUGUUGAAGCAAACCAAAUGGUCCAGGGCAUGUAUCAGCCGUCUAACCUAACCAUCAGCCAGCAACCCAAUCCUAAUAUGUAUGGGCCUUCAAACUUCUACCCUAACCAACAACAUUCUCCCGGCCAUGCUCAAUUUCUACAGGAAUCUUUGAUUCGUAACCAGUUCCAUGAUCCUAUGUCCCAUGUGACCCAAUUAAAGCUGGUGACGGAUGACAGCCAGCACACAAGCUCAUCUUCAUUCAUUCACUUUAAUCAGAGAUACAGAGCUACGGGGGUUUAGACUAUAGAGUGAGAGAUAUUGCAUUGAUUUAUGGAGAUGCUGUAGCAGGAUUGCAAAUUAGGAAACUUAAAAUGGAAGUGAGCUAGUUUUGCUGGCACGGCAUAUGGAAUUCAUGCUCCACAAAUUGCAGUCACAGAGCUAUGGAGAAUUUGGAACAAUCUAUUGGCCGGCCAUUUUUAUUUGAAGGAAGCUGCUCGAUUCCAGUUGAGCACGUCCAGAUUCAUUGUCCUGCAAUCGUAGUCUAGCAAUUUGAAAGGAUAGAAACAAGAUUGUUUAACUACAUGCAUAUGCACGAUGAUGCGCCAGGUUUAUUGAAGGCCCACCAGAAAAUGUGCAAAUUGCAACCUAACCUAUUGUAAAUUUUUGUCACAAGGUAGAUUGAAAUUGGGCUACCAUUAUAGAUUUAUCGGUGAAAAGGUUAUUGGCAGGAACACAAGAGAAGAAUGAUGUAGAUGAAUAUUUGAAUCUUCAAAUCUCAAGUUAUAGAAGUUUGGACUGGUUGAAGCCGAAGCAGGCAUGGUCCCCAUGAAGGUUCCCAUCUACUCAAAGCUUCCAUUCAAACUUCUGAUUCAGGUUCGAUCCAACCAUACCUUAACAUGAUGGCUGUGUAUUAUUAUUCAUCCUAAUGAUUACUGUACAUUGGCUAUUGCAUCAAAGAACUGCAUUCAUCAGUGUCGGUUGAGCCGGCACAUGGCCGCUCAAGGUAAGAACAUUAAAUGAUGCAGAGGAGAUAUUUUAUUUCAUUGAAGCAGCAAUAUUUUGGUUUCUGCAGGACAGGGCUUGGUGGUAAAUGCCAGUUUAAUUUUUUUUUUGUCACUUUCUUGUAUGCCUGUGUGUGAUGGUUCCAUGCUAAUUUCCACCUAAAUUUUCACCUUUUGACACCAAGAUUUUACAGAUUUGCACAGUAGAGGGUUUCAACGGCUUCAAUAAUUAAUGCUUGUGUCUGUAUGUUUUCUCAUAUCAUUUUUGUGUGAUGAUAGCAUACUUGAAGUAAAGGAUAUGCCAAAUCCAUUCUGUUAUAAUAUCUCAAGCUUUGGUUGCAUUUACUUUUCUGGCAGUUCAUAUUAAUAUUUGACUUGUUUUCAUGUUUGCUUUUGUACAUUCCGACAGUUACAAGGUUCAAUGAUUUAGAUGCAUUUUCUGGUUAAAUAUGUCCUGUCCAAUUUAGCAAUAUUGUUCAGAGUAUACAUGCCCUUGGAAUAGUCGUAUCAUCAUAUGGCCAUGUGUCCCUACACCAGUGAAACCACUGCCAUCAUGAAUCAUGUACUAUUGAGAGAUGGGUGCUGUGGCAGCUCCAUGGAGCCGAGAUCCUGGUGAACAUCUUGCAAUGGAUCAAGUGGAGGUUCUUUAGUCCCUGGAGCUUCUGAUGAUUAGAUCUUGCCUGCCAAUAAAAACACCGGGGACCCAAUCACCAACCACCAGUACUACACGGCCGCGCGUCAUCCCCACUCGCCUUCUUAAGCCUCUUUACCAAGAUCCCAUUAAAUACACUUCGUCCUCCUCACAUCAAAUGCUCUCCCCUUCCCAAAAAUGCUACCACCGCCACCACCGCCUUUCCUGAC